AUGCAAGAAACAGGGAGCCCUCAUCACAUGCAGACACUGGGCUUGAGGAAACACCUGUUCAAGCUGGCUAUGGAUGACAAGUUGCUUCAAAUGUCUCACUCAACCUCCCCAGGUAAAAUUGAUGUACAUAAUUUCAAAGGAAGGAAACGGCGGCAUCUCAAUGCCAGAAUACUGAAAUCAUCAACAGCGGCACUAGAUAUACAGAUUGCAUCGAUUCUUCAACCAAGUUCUCCUUCAAAUGACAGCGAGGAUCAUCUUUCUGAAGAGCCUAAUGGCCCGGGAUCUCUCAUGGAACUGAAUAUUUCAACUGAAGAGGCAGCUGUACAGCCCGCGACGCUGUCAUCAACUACAUCAGGGGAAGACUCAACUUUACCAUGUACAUUACAACCCAGCGACGAGGGUGGAAGUUUCACAUUAUCUGGAACAAUGCAGUUGAAGGCCCCAGCGGACCUUCAGGCUCAGUCAGUUGAUGAUGUUGAUUGA